AUGGCCGAUGCGACGAAAUCCAAAAAGCGCAAGGAUGAGAAGAAGUGGUACGCUGUCAAGGUUGGUCUCCGACCGGGCGUAUACGAGACGUGGGAUGAGUGCUCAGAGAAUACCAAUCACCAACGAGGAGCCGUAUACAAGUCCUUCACCUCCAAGGAAGAUGCGGAGGCGUUCGUGGCGGGAAAGAAGAUUCCGAACAGAGGCGGCAAGGUGGAACCCAUCAAGUACUACGCUGUUGCGCGCGGUAACUUCACUGGCAUCUUUCACGACUGGGACAAAGCCAGCAAGGCGAUCUACCAGUCCACGAAGCCCAAGUACAAAAAAUUCGAUACCCUCGGAGAGGCAGUCCGAUUCAUAAAGGAGUGGGGUGACGAAGACACAAUCGAAAAGGUUCAGGCCCUGGUCGAUGGUGAUUCUGAGUUCGAAUCCGAGGUCGAGGAACAUGAUGACCUUGAGCCGGGUCUGGCUCAUAUCUACACGGAUGGCAGCUGUCUCGGAAAUGGCACGGACAACGCGACUGGAGGCGUGGGCGUGUUCUUUGGAGAAAACGAUCCCAGAAACGUUUCUGAACGUCUUGAGGGCAAGAAGCAAACAAACCAGCGCGCCGAACUUACUGGCGUCCUACGUGCGUUGGAGAAGACUCCCGCCACACAGGGAGCGCAGAUUCUCACAGACAGCAGAUACUCCAUCAACUGCGUGCAGAAAUGGGCUCCGAUUUGGCAAGGAAAGGGCUGGAAGACGUCAGUCCUAAAUAACGACGUCACGAACAAGGACUUAGUCCAGGCCAUUAUGAAUAAAAUUGCCGAACGCGAAGCUAAAGGCACAAGGACCGUGUUCACCUGGGUCAAGGGACAUUCGGUAACCGACGGAAAUGUACAAGCGGAUAAGCUCGCAAGGGGCGUUGCGGAAGAAGCAGUAAAGGCGCUUGCUGUGGCAGGUGCUUACCACCCACCGUCGACGCGCGUACAGAAGUACGCAAAGCAGCAAGCAGAUACAGAAGCGCCGGAAGCUAAGCUGACGAAAACACGGAAGAAGUUGAAGACGGAGAGACAACAAACUCCCGAACUGGACCUCAAGUUUGAUAAGGAAGAAACUCCCGAUCUCGACGACUACUCGAGCAUGCCUUAG